GGGUGACAGUGGUGGUUGUGAUGGUCACAACUUCACAUAUACAAGCACAGUUUAGAUUCCCCGAACUGCCAUCACCCCCUGAAAUAUUCUUCGGAGCCUUCAGACCCCUGUUUACACGCCCACGCCCACGCCCGCGCCCACGACCUCCGUUCAUCACCCCGCCCGCCCAGUUCCGCCCGCAGCAGGUCCGUCGGCCAGCACCUCCAGUCCUCAGACCACAGUCACCCACACCUCAACAGAACCUCAUAUCUCCUAUAAUCAGACCCACACCACAACGUCGACCAACGCCACAGUUCUCUCGGCCACAGCAGCUGCAGCAACAACUGCAACAGCAGCAGCUGCAGAAGCUGCAACAACAACAACUCCUUCAACAACAACAGCAGAAGCUGCAACAACAACAACUCCUUCAACAACAACAGCAGAAGCUGCAACAGCAACAACGCCUUCAACAACAACAGCUUCGAAAACCUCCAUCUGACCUCAGUGGUUUUGGAUCACCACGACCCGACUCCCUCAUUACUAAUUCACAAUCACAACCCCGACGACCACAAGCACCCCCACCAGAAAUAUUCUCCCCUUCCAAACCCAUCACAAACCCACUACCCAACCCCAUCACCAACACCAUCCUGGGCAUGACCCCUCCACCUCCACCCCGUCCCCAAGCACCCAAACCUAUUUCUCUCCCUUCCCCACCUUCCCCACCUCCUCCCACUAUCUUACAAGCAGUGGACCUGGCCACCCCUCGCCCCAUACGACCCCUACCACCAAUAAACUCAAAUUCAGUGGAAGAACUGCUGGUAAAUCCAGUUCCAGCUGUCAACGCUGGGGUCCUCCCUUUGGCCAACGAGAAACCCAGUGAACAGCAGCUCUUCCCACCCCUUUCUAAUAUUCCUUAAUUCUUAGUCAUUUUGGGGUUUAAAUGCGUCCAGCGCCUAUCAAAGUUUUCCAUUAUCGUUCGUAGUGUCUGCUGUUAUUAUUUUUUUGUUAAUGGAGGACUGUGCAUUGAAUUAUAAGCUAUAUUAUAGUAGUGCCACCUCUGUACCCGUUCCUAAUUUGCUUAAAAAUGAUUAUAAACUAAUCUAGAUUCAUGUAUAGUACUAUUGACAAUUGUAAACAGAAGGCAUAGGUUUGAGAAUGAGUUUUUAUUGGGACAAUGUAUCGCUCUAUAUAGAGCUAGAGUUAUGAUUAAAACUCUACACAGAGAAAAAGGUCUGUAACCUAUGUCAUUUCUUCAUAUUAGCAAUUCUGGAGGCAAGCCAAAGAAUAUGCAAGGGCCAUAAUUGCUUUGCUAGUGGUCCAUACCGGUCCAUACUGGCCCAUACCUCUUUAGUAUAGGCCAGUAGGCCUACUGCAAUAUUUCUCCACAUAUUCUUUACUUAAAAAUCCCUUCACACGCCAACUCAUAUAACGCCAUAAAUGCAGCGAUGACUCCAAGACAAAUGUUGCUAAACAUGACUCGCGAAUCGAAAUAAAAGAAUUGUCAACUACAUAACUUAGAUCCAAUCCUCCAUGACUCGAGGCAGAUAGUUUCACACACCAUGUUAAUACCACUAUUUUUGCCUUUAUUGCCCAUUGUACUGAGCCGUCAAAAACCGAAUCUCAACUUUCCUAAAAAUGGAGAGAAAAAAAGGCAGGUAUAGAGUUCCACCUGGGACAACUUCUUGCUCUAUGUAGAGCUCUAUAAGGUCAAUCCAAGUGAUGAUUAAGCUCUAUUGUGGCAACUUUUUGCUCUAGUGACUUUCUCUGCAAUUUUGUUUGCAAUAUAUAAGUGAAACGUAAGAACUGUGUACGAUAUUGUGUCCUCCAGCAAGGUCCCUUGAUUUGUAUCUAACCUACAAUUCAGAGAGGGAACUUUAGAUGACGUUUCGGUUCUCCCUGGACCGAAAAGUUACUUUAUAAUGGUCCUGGACGGACCGAAACAUCUUGAUGUUCCAGAGAGGACCGAUAGUUUGAUAUCCAGAAUUGUUCCGGCCAGGGUAUUGUGUGUUGUGAAUUGUUCCAGCCAGGGUAUUGUGUGUUGUGAAUUGUUCCAGCCAGGGUAUUGUGUGCUGUGAAUAGUUCCAGCCAGGGUAUUGUGGGUUGUGAAUUGUUCCAGCCAGUGUAUUGUGGUUGUGAAUUGUUCCAGCCAGGGUAUUGUGGGAUGUGAAUUGUUCCAGCCAGUGUAUUGUGGUUGUGAAUUGUUCCAGUCAGGAUAUUGUGGGUUGUGAAUUGUUCCAGUCAGGGUAUUGUGUGUUGUGAAUUGUUCCAGCCAGGGUAUUGUGGGUUGUGAAUUGUUCCAGCCAGGGUAUUGUGGUUGUGAAUUGUUCCAGCCAGGAUAUUGUGGGUUGUGAAUUGUUCCAACCAGGGUAUUGUGUGUUGUGAAUUGUUCCAGCCAGUGUAUUGUGGUUGUGAAUUGUUCCAGCCAGGAUAUUGUGGGUUGUGAAUUGUUCCAGCCAGGGUAUUGUGUGUUGUGAAUUGUUCCAGCCAGGGUAUUGUGGGUUGUGAAUUGUUCCAGCCAGUAUUGUGGGUUGUGAAUUGUUCCAGCCAGGGUAUUGUGUGUUGUGAAUUGUUCCAGCCAGGGUAUUGUGGGUUGUGAAUUGUUCCAGCCAGGGUAUUGUGUGUUGUGAAUUGUUCCAGCCAGGGUAUUGUGGGUUGUGAAUUGUUCCAGCCAGUGUAUUGUGGUUGUGAAUUGUUCCAGCCAGGGUAUUGUGGGUUGUGAAUUGUUCCAGCCAGUGUAUUGUGGUUGUGAAUUGUUCCAGCCAGGGUAUUGUGGGUUGUGAAUUGUUCCAGCCAGUGUAUUGUGGUUGUGAAUUGUUCCAGCCAGGGUAUUGUGUGUUGUGAAUUGUUCCAGCCAGGGUAUUGUGGGUUGCGAAUUGUUCCAGCCAGGGUAUUGUGGUUGUGAAUUGUUCCAGCCAGGAUAUUGUGGGUUGUGAAUUGUUCCAGCCAGGGUAUUGUGUGUUGUGAAUUGUUCCAGCCAGGGUAUUGUGUGUUGUGAAUUGUUCCAGCCAGGGUAUUGUGUAUUGUGAAUUGUUCCAGCCAGGGUAUUGUGGGUUGCGAAUUGUUCCAGCCAGGGUAUUGUGUGGUGUGAAUUGUUCCAGCCAGGGUAUUGUGUGUUGUGAAUUGUUCCAGCCAGGGUAUUGUGGGUUGUGAAUUGUUCCAGCCAGGGUAUUGUGGGUUGUGAAUUGUUCCAGCCAGGGUAUUGUGUGUUGUGAAUUGUUCCAGCCAGGAUAUUGUGGGUUGUGAAUUGUUCCAGCCAGGGUAUUGUGGGUUGUGAAUUGUUCCAGCCAGGAUAUUGUGUGUUGUGAAUUGUUCCAGCCAGGAUAUUUUGGGUUGGGGAAUUGUUCCAGCCAGGGUAUUGUGGGUUGUGAAUUGUUCCAGCCAGGGUAUUGUGUGUUGUGAAUUGUUCCAGCCAGGGUAUUGUGGGUUGUGAAUUUUUCCAGCCAGGGUAUUGUGGGUUGUGAAUUGUUCCAGCCAGGGUAUUGUGGUUGUGAAUUGUUCCAGCCAGGAUAUUGUGUGUUGUGAAUUGUUCAAGCCAGGAUAUUGUGGGUUGUGAAUUGUUCCAGCCAAGGUAUUAUGUGUUGUGAAUUGUUCCAGCCAGGGUAUUGUGGGUUGUGAAUUGUUCCAGCCAGGGUAUUGUGGUUGUGAAUUGUUCCUGCCAGGAUAUUGUGGGUUGUGAAUUGUUCCAGCCAGGGUAUUAUGGUUGUGAAUUGUUCCAGCCAGGGUAUUGUGGUUGUGAAUUGUUCCAGCCAGGGUAUUGUGGUUGUGAAUUGUUCCAGCCAGGAUAUUGUGGGUUGUGAAUUGUUCCAGCCAGGAUAUUGUGGGUUGUGAAUUGUUCCAGCCAGGGUAUUGUGGGUUGUGAACUGUUCCAGCCAGGGUAUUGUGGUUGUGAAUUGUUCCAGCCAGGGUAUUGUAGGUUGUGAAUUGUUCCAGCCAGGGUAUUGUGGUUGUGAAUUGUUCCAGCCAGGGUAUUGUGGGUUGUGAAUUGUUCCAGCCAGGGUAUUGUGG